UCAAAUCAUUAGACCAGAACACACAGAAGCAAAAAAAUAAAAAAAAAUCAAAGAGGUUCCUCUUUCGCUUGUUUGCCCUUUUUCUGGUUUUGCAGUUUGGGUAAUAUAAUCAAAAUCAAAUCCUCUGAUUAUCGUAAACUACCGCCGUCUCCAUUGUCUUCAUCCUUUCUCUUUCUCUUAGGCUUCUCCCUUGUGUUUGCCCUGAAACAACAGAAGCAUGGAUGAUGAUGGCCUUCAUGGAAACAUGCACAAUGGCGGAGAUGAACAUCCAAUGCAUGUGCAGUAUGAGCAUCACGGCAUGAUGGAUGCUGACCACGCUGCAGAUGAUGAUGGGAAUGGGAUGAAUGGGGGACUUGAGACUGACAUUCCUUCUCACCUCGGAAACCCAUCUGAUCAUCGCGGCGAGGUUGUGGACCGUGGCGCCGGCGGUGAUAACGGAGACCAGUUGACGUUGUCCUAUCAGGGACAAGUUUAUGUUUUUGACCAUGUCUUGCCUGACAAGGUUCAAGCUGUGCUUUUGUUACUUGGUGGACGGGAAGUACCACAGACGCUUCCGACAACGCUAGGAUCACCUCAUCAGAACAAUAGGGUACUGGGUUUAUCUGGUACUCCUCAAAGGUUAAGUGCCCCGCAGAGGCAAGCCUCGUUGCUCAGAUUUAGAGAGAAAAGAAAAGGGAGGAAUUUUGGUCCGACCAUUCGCUACACAGUCAGGAAGGAGGUAGCAUUGAGGAUGCAGCGUAAGAAAGGUCAGUUCACAUCGGCCAAGUCAAGCAUUGAGGAUCCUUCAUCCACAGGAUCGGAUUGGGGAUCAGGCCAGAGCUGGGCCUUAGAAGGGUGUGAAACUCAGAAGCCAGAGGCUUUAUGUCGGCACUGUGGAACGAGUGAGAAUUCAACACCAAUGAUGCGACGUGGACCUGAAGGGCCAAGGACACUUUGUAAUGCAUGUGGACUGAUGUGGGCAAACAAGGGGGCUCUUAGAGACUUAUCCAAAGCCCCUCCUCCUCAAAUAACCAGAAAUCAGCCUGCAAAUAACAAUGACGACUCAAAUCUCGAUGCUGAUCAAAUGAUGGUAGUCGUAGCUGAUGACAUUAGCAACUCAAACUGAGAAAAGCAUUGCAAGCAAGAAAAGAUGGGAUGUGAGUUGGGUUCAGGGUUCUUUGGGGACACUCAUAAACUGUUGGUUUUACUUAUUUAGAAGAUCACUCACCAGACGAGAGAGAGAGAAAAAAACACAUUUGCUCAGUCUCUCUCAUCUGUUUUUUUUCUUCCUCAAGUAGAAACAGUGCACAUUAUUCUUAAAUCUUUUGAGUUUGAUUAAGGCCACAUUAAAUAUUUGAUUAAUAAAAAUAUUUGAUCAAAAAAAAAAAAAUUUGAUUAAUAAAA